UGCAACUUCAACCUCCAGUACUCAAGUGAUCCUCCCACCACAGCCUCCAGAGUGAUUUUAAUUGCACAUCUAUUGAAAUAAACCUGUAGUUUCUAGAAGUGGAAGAAAAUUUGCUGAGAUGUCAGCUGGGGAUUCUUUCUGGAGAACCCCAGAAAUGGAGAGUUUCCACACAAGAUUUAGUGCCUGGACACCUUUUAACAACAAGUCAUUAAAUAGACAGCUCUUUCAGGAAAGAGUGGCUCUUAUAAGUCAUUGGUUUGACCUCUGGACUAACAAGCAACGUCAAGAAUUCUUAUUCAAGAUUUUUUUACGAUGCACUAAAUCACAAUUAAGGUUUGUCCAAGACUGGUUUUCAGAAAGGAAGCAAGUGGCCAAAGUGGAUUUCUCUACAGUGUUACCACGCUUCAUUUCUCUAUACAUCUUUUCCUUUCUGAGUCCGAAAGAUCUGUGUGCAGCCGCUCAAGUCAGCUGGGCCUGGAAGUUUUUAACUGAACAGGAUUGCUUAUGGAUGCCCAAAUGCAUUAAGUUCGGAUGGUUUCUGCCCUAUACUCCAACAGAUAACGAGUAUGGUGCUUGGAAGCGCCAUUACAUUGCUUGCGUGUCCCACUUAGACUGGCUGACACCCAGGGAGGCUGCUGCUACUUACGGGACGCUGAAUGAAUCCAAAACAGAAGAUGAGGAACUACUAGAGAGACAUAGAGAAAAGUGCCUAAGGAAAAGAAUUUGGGAGAAAAUUGCACUACGUAGGAAGGAGUUAUUCAAAGUUCGACCCCCUUGGGUGAGUGGAAUGGGCCGCUCUAGCAUGCCAAAGCCCAAAUGCCAACCACGCCUCUCCCAGACUCUAAGGGAGCAAGCAGGAUCACAUGAAGCUUUGGAGAAGCAGCUUGUUUUGACAUCGUUAGAAACCUUGCCCAAGCAAAGCAAUAUUUCUGGAAGCCAUUCCUACCCUUUAUUAUCAAAGAAAAAUUGGCAUGGAGUAUAUAAAAAUGAUGACAGCUCUUCAUGUGCUCUCCGGCCACACUUCAUAUUAAUAUCCUCUCGGAUUCCUGCAUAUGAGAUGGUGGUGGAGAGCGUGAAGGCUGGUGUCGUUUCUGUGGUAUACGAACACAGCGUAACCUUGGAGAGCCUACUUUACCUCAUAGAAAAAGCUCUGGAUGGGCAGAAGGCACAGAGCAUGGGAAUAUUUAGCGAUGGAGAUAGCAGAGAAAUCAAUUUACUCCAAGGGUAUAAAAUUGGUGUUAAAAAUUUACUGAAGCCUGAAGUGAGAGAUUUCUGGGAGAAAUUAGGAAGCUACGUGGCCACUGAAAAAGAAGGGGGCCACGUGGACUUCUUCGCACCUCUUGGAGCAUCAGAGGCAGGAACUGAAGUUCUUUCUCAGCUGUCUCAACUAACUGGAACGUUCUUUACGGCCCCCACUGGGAUUGCCACUGGCUCUUACCAGCACAUUCUUAGUGAUUAGCUGGGAGCCCAAUGGGGAAAGGCCCCCUCUUCCAUCUACUUCAGCGAAUCGAAGCUACAGACAUGGUCCAGCUUCACAGACUUCCUAGAAGACACCUUGAAAGGGGUAAGGAAGCAGUUGUGUCCUCUCUUCAAGGAACUGCAGAAGAGCAUCAGUGGCAGGAUGAUAGGGCAGUUUAUGUUUGACACCAUGGGUAUGAGCAACUUUCUGAACAACCAAGAGAUCGCACAAGCUCUGGCAGAUGGGCUGAUGGAGUUGUCAAAAGAAGAUUCCGAAAGAAAUGGUGUAGAAGACAAUUCUUGGGACACAAAGUCAAGACUCAGCAAAAAUGAUUUAGAUUUUGAAGCACUGAUUAAUCUGGAGAGAAUGCUCCAGAAAGACUCAGCAGAAAAGCGAACUAGAGUUGUCAGGGAACUCUUACAGAGUGAGAGAAAAUAUGUACAGAUGCUGGAAAUUGUGAGAGAUGUUUACGUCACACCACUGAAAGCAGCACUGUCAUCAAACAGAGCAAUUCUGAGUGCUGCCAACAUCCAGAUCCUCUUCUCUGAUAUUCUGCAGAUUUUAAGUCUCAACAGGCAGUUUCUAGAUAACCUGAGAGACAGACUGCAGGAAUGGGGCCCAGCUCACUGUGUUGGAGAAAUAGUCACAAAGUUUGGAAGCCAGUUGAACACAUAUACCAAUUUCUUCAACAAUUACCCUGUCAUUCUGAAAACUAUUGAAAAGUGCAGAGAAAUGAUACCAGCCUUCCGAACUUUCCUGAAGAGGCAUGAUAAGACCAUUGCUACCAAAAUGCUGAGUCUGCCAGAGCUGCUGCUGUACCCAUCACGAAGAUUUGAAGAAUACCUUAAUCUUCUCUAUGCUGUCAGGCUUCAUACUCCUGCUGAGCAUGUUGACCGGGGGGACUUGACCACUGCAAUUGACCAAAUCAAAAAAUAUAAAGAUUAUAUAGAUCAGAUGAAGCAAAACAUCAAUUUGAAGGAUCAUCUGUCAGAUAUACAGAGAAUCGUCUGGGGAUGCCCUACUCUCUCAGAAGUAAACAGAUAUCUGAUUAGGGUCCAAGAUGUAGCCCAACUUCACUGCUGUGAUGAAGAAAUAAGUUUCUCUUUAAGGCUCUAUGAACACAUCCGCGAUCUCAGCCUUUUUCUCUUCAAUGAUGCACUGCUCAUUUCUAGUCGGGGCACAUCUCAUACUCCAUUUGAGAGGACUUCAAAAACAACCUACCAGUUCAUUGCAUCAGUGGCCCUUCAUAGGUUACUCAUAGAAAAUAUUCCAGAUUCCAAGUGUAUGUAUUCUUUUCCUUCCAAGAGACAGAUACCUUCAAAAAGCUACAUAAUGUAAAGCUCAUUAAUAGAAAAGUAGAAA